AAUCGCCAGUUACUCACAGAUUGCUGAUCACUUUAACCACAUUCUGUCAGCCAGUUAGUGACUUCUUAAUCCAAAGAUGAGCUACCCAAAAAGUAAUCCCCAUGGAGGCAUAGUGACGCUGACUAUCGUGGUGUUGUUCAUAGUGUCUUGGAGCUCCGCCAAAUCAGUGGAUCCUCGCAACUAUAUCGAUGGAAGAUGUGUCGAUCCGGAAACAAAACGUGAAUUGUUUAUUGGUGAAUACUUCCAUCGUCCUGGACAGUGUGUACGUGUUCAGUGCUUAGGAGACUUGUCCAUUUGGGAAGAUAAGUGCAAUGAUCCCCGAAUUCAGGGUAACUGCAUAAAGGAGUUUUUGAAUAUGGAUCAAGCCUAUCCUAAUUGUUGUCCGCUUUAUAAAUGCGAAUACCACAUUGGAUCCACGAAGGAGAUCAGAGUGUUCGACCAUCAUGGAAACAUCGUUUCGCGAAGUGUAACAAAUAUAAUUCUAGUUGAAAAUAAUGGAGCUGGAAGCGUAAUGACACAGGCAAUAAAAGUUACUAUUUGAAAGGAGAAA